UUUUUUUUACGUACGUAUCCGGUAUCCAGCCGCUAUCGUUACACUGCUCACUAAUCCGUAUUAAAAGUUUUCACUACACCAAUUAUUUUCAUCCUAAUUUGAAGCCCAACGAAUUUCUCAAGACCCUAUAAAUAUUCUUACUUUUCUUACAUUCACCAUCAAUUACGGUUGACCAAUCCCAAUCCUGCAGAUUUCUUCAUUCAUCAAUCAAUGGAAGUUUUCUACUUGUACCUCUCAAUUUUCAUAGCUCUGUACAUCUUCACCAACCAUUUCCUUCGCAAAAUCCGAAACCUCCCGCCGAGCCCUUUCCUCAGUUUACCAAUUCUCGGCCAUCUUUACCUCGUAAAGAAGCCCCUCCACCGUGGCCUAGCCAAGAUUUCCGACCGUUAUGGCCACGUGCUCCUCCUCGAUUUCGGCUCCCGCCCCGUGCUCGUGGUGUCAUCCCCGUCCGCCGCCGAAGAAUGCCUCCACAGAAACGACAUCGUUUUUGCAAACCGGCCGGAUUUGCUCGCCGGAAAAUAUCUGGGCUAUGAUUUUACGUCCCUAGUAUGGUCGCCGUACGGCGAUCAUUGGAGGAAUCUUAGGAAGAUAUCUUCUUUGGAGAUCUUGUCUUCCCACAGGCUUCAAUUGCUUCACACGAUUCGGGUUGAUGAAGUGAAAUUGAUGCUGAGAAGGCUUUUUACGGCAUCCAAAGGGAAACAGAGCGUGGAAAUGAAAACCAUGUUUUUCGAGCUGAUGUUGAAUGUUAUGAUGAGGAUGAUUGCCGGAAAAAGGUAUUACGGCGAGAAUGUUGGGGAGGUCGAAGAGGCGAAGAGAUUCAGGGAGAUUGUGGAGGAGACGAUGAGGUUGGGCGGGGCGUCAAACGUGGGGGAUUUCUUGCCUGUUUUGAGGUGGUUAAAAUUGGAAAAAAUGGACAAGAGAUUGAGGGUUCUUCAGAAAAAUAGGGAUCAAUUCAUGCAAGAGCUUAUCAAGGAGUUCAAAACUAAAAAUCUGGAGAUGCUCGGUAAUGAUUCCUCGGAAACAGGGGAAAUGAAGAAGACUUUGAUUGAGGUUUUACUAACAUUGCAAGAGAAAGAGCCAGAGUAUUACAAGGACGACAUCAUCAGAAGCCUUAUGCUGGUUCUAUUAUCUGCUGGGACAGAUACAUCAAUGGGAACAAUGGAGUGGGCAUUGUCUUUGAUGAUGAACCAUCCAUCUACUUUGAAGACAGCACAGGAAGAGAUUGACAAAGUUGUGGGAACAGACCGAUUGUUUGACGAAUCGGAUGUAGCUAAUCUACCUUAUUUACGCUGCAUUAUAAACGAGACGCUAAGGAUGUUCCCAGCAGGUCCUUUGUUAGUACCUCACCAAUCUUCAGAAAAUUGUAUGGUCGGAGGUUACAGAGUCCCGAAAAAUACGAUGUUGUUAGUGAAUUUGUGGGCUAUUCAGAAUGAUCCUAAGCUUUGGGAGGAUCCCAGAAAGUUUAAGCCUGAAAGAUUUGAAGGUGUUGAAGGUACAAAAGAUGGUUAUAAAUGGAUGCCUUUUGGUACUGGAAGAAGAGGUUGCCCCGGGGAAAAUUUGGCGAUGCGUAUGGUUGGAUUCGCAUUAGGUUCGGUUAUUCAGUGUUUUGAUUGGGAAAGAAUUGGACAGGAAAUUAUUGAUUUGAGUGAAGGUCCUGGAUUGACUAUGCCUAAAGAUAAACCUUUGAGAGCCAAUUGCCGACCACGUCCUGAAAUGGUUCAUCUUCUUUCGCAAAUUUAAAUGGCAAUAUAGCUAUAAUUCGAAUAUGUCAUAUUAAAUUCGGACACCAUGUAUAACAUUAAAAGGAUCGAUUAUGUGAAAUAGUAUUUCCUAGAAUUAUUGAUCACUUGUAUAGUGCUUGUAAAAAGGGAGCCAAAUGGUUUAGCUCUUGCAAAAUAUGCACCUAUGGGUGAAAAAACACUAGAUUCUCUUUGUUUAUAAACGAAAUUCCAAUGUUAUUUACAAUAUACACUUUGAACUAAG